AUGAAAACAGUUCGGCAUGUGACCACUGACAAAAUAACAGCUGACAUGUGGGAAUGGAGAAAAUAUGGACAAAAACCCAUCAAAGGUUCUCCGAGUUAUUACAAAUGCAACAACAUGAAAAAAUGUGACGCGAAAAAGCAAGUAGAACGAAGCAGAACGGACCCGAGCAUGUUUAUUGUGACAUACAUCGGAGAUCAUGAUCAUGAGAAACCGCUUCUUCGGAACAUGCUUUGCAAAACCUCAAGGGUCAAGCCAUUAACGACCCAUUUACCUAACACCUCGCAAACCAAGGCACCCACCAACCCUGGGAGCGUUAGUUUAUCGGGUAUUCCUCCCAUGCUGGUGUCAGAUCUGCUAGAGAAUGGUGACAAAACAGUUAACCAUAGCGAACUUGAAGGCCCUGACAUGGAAAUAGAACCUAAAUCAGUCUCCGAUGAUGAUGAUGACAUUCUAAUACCUAUAUCAGAUCUGCUGGAGAAUGGUGACAAAAUGGUUAACCAUGGAGAAGCCGAAGGCCCUAACUCGAAAAUAGAAGCUAAAUCAGUCUCCGACGAUGGUGAUGACACUCUAGUACCCAUAUCAUAUCUGCUGGAGGACGAUGACAAAAUGGUUAACCAUGGAGAACCCGAAGGCCCUGACCUGGAAAUAGGACCUAAAUCACUCUCCGAUGAGGAUGAUGACAUACUAAUACCUAACUUUGCUGCCAUGUCAAACAUCUUCGAAAUGGGAUAUCAAUCUUUUGAUGGUGGAGUCACUCACAUGGGCGAGUUAGAUCCUAAUUGCACGCGGUGGUUGAUCUAA